AUGGCGGACCUGUCUACGACGCCUACCGCCAUCGAGCGGCGGGCACACCCCGCUGCCAAAAACGACCCAAUGGCAACAGAUGCCAUCGGACAGUACUCGACCCUGCUGAACGGCGUCAACCAAGACAACAACAUGCUCUUUUCGGACUCGCUGUGGUGGACUCUGGGUAUCAUGGCCAUGAUCGUCUUGGCAAUUCGGAUCUUGGAGAGCAUGUGGCAUCAGCUUCGACAGGUCUCGGCUAUGCCUACGCCCGGCAAACGCCAGACGUACUGGAAGACAGCGCAGUGGAGCUGGAUGCCUAGCCUCAAAAAGAACCUCAUCUACGCGCCUCUGUGGAAAAAACGACACAACCGUGAGAUUCAGCUCUCUUCGGCCAUCAGCAUCGGCACCUUGCCCUCACGCCUUCAUUUCAUCAUUCUCAGCAUUUACCUUCUCAGCAAUGUCGGCUACAUGUUUGUCCUCAACUGGUCCGGCGGUCUUGAGUUUGCUCGGGCAGCCGAGGUCCGAGGCCGCUCCGGAACGCUUGCGGUGGUCAACAUGGUUCCGCUGAUCAUCCUUGCUGGUCGCAACAAUCCUCUCAUCCCGCUGUUGAGAGUCAGUUUCGAUACCUACAACCUGCUCCACCGAUGGAUGGGUCGUGUGGUUGUUGUCGAAACAGUGGUUCACACCUGCGCCUGGCUUUACGUCGCUGUGGCGGCUCAAAACUGGGAGCAGGCAGGUGCCAGGUUGUUUGACGAUAUAUUCCUAGCGUCCGGCCUUUACGGCACCAUCGCACUAUUCGUGCUUCUCGUCUUAUCACUCUCGCCUCUUCGACAUGCUUUCUACGAGACCUUCCUCAACGUUCACAUCCUCCUCGCCAUGUUCAUCUUGGCCAUGACCCUUGUGCACUGCUCGACGGCUCACGUUCCGGGCGGCCACCUCCCUCAGCUCCCCUUCAUGGUGGCGAUCUUCUCCAUUUGGUUCGCAGACAGACUAGCUCGCAUGUUCCGUCUGACCUACAACAACUGGUCUACGCGGGGCUUCAGUAGUGCUCUUGUUGAGGCUUUACCAGGUGACGCGUCUCGAGUCACAAUCGAGUUGGCUCGACACAUCGAGGUCAAGCCUGGUACUCAUGCCUACUUGCGGUUUUCUGGAGUCCGAGCUUGGGAGAGCCACCCAUUCUCCAUCGCCUGGGUCGCGCACCACCCAGCAUCUAGCCGAGCCAAGGUUGACGACGGGCCUCCCACGGCUGAGGACAUUCAGAGAGGGACAACGUCGGUCUCCUUCAUCAUUGGCGCCCAUACUGGAUUCACUCGGCAGCUCCACAACACCGCCAUGGCGGGCCCUGGCCAGACGAUCCGGCUUAAGGCGGCGAUGGAAGGCCCCUAUGCUGGUCACCACCAACUCGGUUCCUAUGGCCAUGCUGUACUGUUUGCAGGUGCUACAGGUAUCACGCAUCAGCUAUCGUAUCUGAAGCCAUUGAUCGAGGGGCACAACGAUGGCGUUGUGGCGACGAGGCGGAUCACGCUGGUCUGGGUCAUGCGUGACACUGAAGCGCUCCAGUGGAUCCGUCCCUGGAUGGACGAAGUCCUCAGGCUGCCGAACAGAAGGGAGAUUCUGAGCAUCAAACUCUUCAUCACGAGGCCGAAGAAUGCCAAGGAGAUCAACUCGCCCUCGAGCACUGUCCAGAUGUUCCCCGGCCGGCCCAACAUCUCGACUCUGGUGAAGAAGGAGGUUGAGGAGCAGAUGGGCGCCAUGUGCGUGAGCGUAUGUGGCCCCGGUGCCCUGGCCGACGAUGUCAGACAGGCUGUGCGAGAAGUCCAAGUCGACCGCACAGUUGUCGAUUUUGUGGAGGAAAGCUUCACGUGGUAG